AUGGCAGGAUUAUUAAGGCUUAGAAUGCUUCCGCUAGUUUUUGUUGUGGUAUUAUCUUGGGUGCUUUCUCCGUUUGCAGCUGCACUGAGCUCAGAUUACUAUGAUCAUACAUGCCCGAAGGCCGAGUCAAUCAUCACCAAAGUAGUGAAGAAAGCCAUGAUGAAUGACAAGACGGUCCCAGCUGCCCUGCUUCGGAUGCACUUCCAUGACUGCUUUAUUAGAGGAUGUGAUGGUUCUGUGCUGCUAAAUUCGACUGCCAUGAACGCGGCUGAAAAAGACGGACCUCCAAAUAUUUCACUGCACGCAUUCUAUGUCAUUGACCUUGCUAAAAAAGAAGUAGAAUCCCAGUGCCCUGGUGUGGUCUCUUGUGCUGACACACUGGCCUUGGCUGCUAGAGAUGCAGUUGCACUAUCCGGAGGGCCUUCUUGGAAUGUGCCUAAAGGAAGGAAAGAUGGCAGAAUUUCGAAGGCCGGUGAAACUCGACAACUGCCUGCUCCUACCUUUAACAUAUCUCAAUUGCGGCAAAGUUUCUUUCAGAGAGGCCUAGCACUGGAAGAUUUAGUGGCCCUUUCAGGAGGCCACACCCUAGGUUUUUCUCAUUGCUCAUCCUUCCAGAACAGGAUCCACAACUUUGGCACCGCUCAUGAUGUAGAUCCCUCCUUGCAACCAUCAUUUGCAGCCAGCUUGAGGAAUGUCUGCCCCAUGCACAACAAGGUCAGGAGUGCGGGUGCCACCUUGGAUUCCUCGGCAACCGCGUUCGACAACAUAUAUUUCAAGUUACUCGUUCUAGGCAAGAGUAUUUUCUCUUCAGAUGAAGCCUUAUUGACAGCUACAACUACAAAAACAUUGGUCUCAAAGUUCGCUAACUCCCAGGAAGAGUUUUAUACAGCCUUUGUCAAGUCUAUGAUCAAGAUGAGUAGCAUAAGCAGUGGAGGUGGACAAGAGAUUAGGUUGAAUUGUAGAGUUGUUAAUUAG